CUCACAUCGUAUCAACACACUGCAUACAGCUCCUAGCUACAGCUCAAGCUCUCUGGAUCCUCAUAGACCUCCCCCGCGGAACACCCGUCGAAAAUGGUCAACGAACACCCCCAAACCGGCUCGUCCGCAUCCACCUCCUCGGUCUCCUUCAAGACCGAAUUCGCCGUAGAUAUGACCUGCCAAUCCUGCGUAUCCGCCGUGACGAAAGCUCUCCAGACCGUCCCGGGGGUGGAGGAUUAUGAUAUCAACUUGGAGAAGAAGCAGGUCGUCGUUACCGGUCGAGCUCCCCCGUCGCUGGUCACCAGGGCUCUGAAAGAUACAGGCCGACAGAUCCUCAUCCGUGGGUCUGGUACGACGACCGGCGAACACGAAGGCGCCGCCGUAGCGAUCUUCGAGACCCCCCUAGGUCCCUCGCUCGGAACCACCACCACACCCAACCAUAGCCAGCUUGAAGAGACCCAAAAAGUACACGGAAUCGCCCGUUUAGUCCAAGUCUCUUCCAGCCCGGUGUUGUCGUUGUUGGACUUGACGAUCAGGUUCCCUGGGUAUCCUCUCGCCGCUCCGUCCUUGUCUACUUCUUCUUCGUUAUCAUCUUCGGGCUCAACGGGCACACCUACGAACUCUAUACACACAAGAACAAGCUCCCCCGACUCGUACACCCUCUACAUCUCCCGCACCGGCGACCUAACCAACCUCCACACCCCUCCUUCCUAUUCCAUCUCCACGCCGCUGCACACCCUUACCACCCUCCAACCCGACUCAGAAGGGUACGCCGACGCGUUCUUGGAGUUGCCGUUUGCUGUAUGGGAGGUAGUGGGCAGGGGGAUGGUCGUUGAGCGGACGGGGGAUUUGGAGGCGCGUUUACAAGCUUUGAACUUGAAUUUGAAAUCGGAUGUCAAGGCGAAAGCGCAAGAGGUGAAAGAGCAGGAGAGGAUGAAAGACGUCGUCGGGAUCAUGGGCGGGAAGGGGAGGUUAGGGAUCUUAGCUGGGGUGAUCGCUCGGUCUAGCGGGGUCUGGGGAAAUGACAAGACGAUCUGCGCGUGUAGCGGCAAGACGAUGUGGGAGGAAGGCCGGACGAUGGAUUCUAUCAGCCAGGUCCCCGUCUAGGUGUAGUUGUAGGUCCGGGUAUGUAUAGUCUGAUCGAUAUAACAGUGAAUUCUUAUGGUAUUAAACGACCGCGACCUAGCGUGCCGAGUCGCAUCGACGUCACCAUACCAUGAUACCCGCGCAACGUUUGUCCUUUACAAGUAUCGCCGGGCUUUGCAGUGAUAGACGAUUCGUGAGAUCGUG